AUGGUGUAUUCCUGCAACCACAACCACAACGACAACCAGGCAAGCCACAUCCACUCGCGACUCGGGGUCCAAAUGCCUUCCCCCAUCCCUGGACGCGACAGACUCGACAACGGCUCCCCCACCUUCCCCCGAAGCCGCCUCCCCGUCGAAAUUCUCGACAACAUCCUCUCCCACGUCACCGAAUACCACGACAUGCGCAAUAUCCUCCGCGUCUCGCGGCAGUUCCACGCGCUCAUGCUCCCGAAGCUCUGGAAGCACAUAUCCGUGCGCCCGCACGUCGGGGGGCAGCUGCUCCGCACGCUCACGGCGCAAGUGGACGCGCAGUGCUCGGCAUGGCGCACGCGCGGGGAGCAGGUGCAGACGCUUGCGCUCGCGCUGGAAUACAUCGCCAGGCCUCAGGAAUACUACGACACGCCGACGGACGUGCGCGACGCGUAUCUCCCCGUGCAGCGCUUCCUCGCUGGGCUCACGAACAUGCACACCCUCGUGCUGGAGGCGGACACGCACUCGGAAUUUGUGUGUCGCGCGCGGUGGCGCCCCAGUGAUAUUGGCAUGCGCAAGCAGCUCGCGGGUUUGAGGACGCUGGUGUUCACGCCGCCGAGCAUCCGGCUCAAGGCGCGGCUGCAUGAAUACUACACCCAUCCCAACACGCAGUUCGAGCACUGGCUCCUCUCGCAGGAGAACAUCCACUAUUUCGAGUAUCGCGCCAGGAACCGCCUCGCGGGGGUCUUUCCCGCGGACGCCUUCCCCAAUCUCCGGCGUCUGAAGAUCGCGGCCGUGAACAUCGAGGCGCUGAGGGGGCUGGAGGGCGUACGGGGGAUCACGCAUCUGCGAGUGACCGUGCCACCGCCGUGCCCUUUUAUAAUCCCCCUGAUUCCGCCACCCGUACUCCCCAGCGACGCGCCCCGCCUGCCCCCCGCGCUCAGCAACGUCACUGUCCUUGCGCGCGAUGACCGCGACCUCGCGUUUGCGGGGCUCCUCCCGAAGCUCGAGCGCCUCGACAUCGUGCUGAAAGGGCGCAACCUCCGCCGCCUGCUCGCUGCGCUGCGCGCCGUGGACGAGGUCACCGGCACCAGCCGCAGUGCGCAUCUGCAGGGCCUGCGCUUCCUGCGCGUGCGCCGGCUGUACCUCACCCCCAAUCAUAACGGGACCGAGCAUCCGCACGAGAGCGAUGGCGGCGGCACCGUCGUUGAGAUAUUCGCCGAGUUGCGCGCGCUGGAGGAGUUCGAGGCGAUGCGGGACGACCAGACGUGGAUACGGUUCGCGCGGGACGGCUCGACGCGGGUCGUCGAGUGGAAGUGUCAUGCGCGGUGCUACUGCAGCGACGAGUACAAUGUAUGCGAGGAGAGCGGGGGCGUGAGGGAGGAGUGGUGCCAGGACUGGGAGGCGGGGGUGACGCGUGUGGAUCCGGCGCCGCCGCUGUAUUUCCGCCCGGUGUGGAGGAUGCCUCGAUGGCUGCGCAGUGUGGAGACGAGCGACGAAGAUGAGUGA